CAAUCCUAGAUUUUGACAUUCCCCACAAAACCCUAGCUUCAGCGCCACAAACUCCAAACCUCACGAAAUGGCCGCCGCCGCCGCCCGCCCUCUCGUCACCGUUCAGUCCCUAGAGAACGACAUGGCCACCGAUGGCGCUGCCGCCAAUUCCGUUCCUCUUCCAGAUGUGAUGAAGGCUUCGAUCCGCCCCGACGUGGUCACAUUUGCGCACGGCCAAAUUUCCAAUAACUCCCGCCAGCCCUACGCCGUUUCGAAGAAAGCCGGACACCAGACCUCCGCCGAAUCGUGGGGUACCGGCCGUGCCGUUUCUCGUAUCCCCCGUGUUCCCGGAGGUGGUACCCACCGCGCAGGGCAGGGAGCCUUCGGAAACAUGUGCCGUGGUGGACGCAUGUUCGCUCCGACUAAGAUCUGGCGCCGCUGGCAUAGACAGGUCAAUGUUACUCAGAAGCGCCACGCCAUCGUUUCGGCGAUCUCUGCUUCCGCCGUUCCUUCCCUGGUGAUGGCGCGUGGACACAAGAUCGAUGAAGUUCCCGAGUUGCCCCUGGUUGUUUCUGACUCAGCUGAGUCAAUUGAAAAGACCAGCGCUGCACUCAAAAUCCUCAAGCAAAUCGGAGCAUCCGCCGAUGUCGAGAAAGCUAAGGAUAGCCACGCCAUUCGUGCCGGAAAGGGGAAAAUGAGGAACCGUCGCUACAUUUCCAGGAAAGGUCCCCUCGUUGUGUACGGAACCGAGGGUGCGAAACUUGUGAAGGCUUUCAGGAAUAUCCCCGGAGUCGAACUCGCGCAUGUUUCUCGUCUCAAUUUGCUCAAACUUGCUCCCGGUGGUCAUCUUGGCAGGUUCAUCGUGUGGACCAAAUCUGCUUUCGAGAAGUUGGACGAGAUUUAUGGCACUUUCGAGAAGACUUCUGAGAAGAAGAAGGGGUAUGUCUUGCCGAGGUCAAAGAUGGUCAAUGCUGACCUGGCAAGGAUCAUCAACUCCGAUGAGGUGCAGUCUGUUGUGAGGCCUAUUAAGAAGGAUAUCAAGAGAGCUCAGCUGAAGAAGAACCCAUUGAAGAAUCUCAACGUGAUGUUGAAGCUCAACCCGUAUGCUAAGGCUGCCAAGAGGAUGGCUCUAUUGGCUGAGGCGCAGAGGGUCAAGGCUAAGCAGGAGAAGCUCGACAAGAAGAGGAAGCCGAUCACUAAGGAGGAGGCAUCAGCUAUCCAGUCUGCUAGUAAGCAGUGGUACAAGACAAUGAUCUCAGACAGUGACUACACAGAGUUCGACAACUUCACAAAGUGGCUCGGUGUUUCUGAGUAACUCAAGUCUCUCUAUUUCUUAUGGCUGUUAGAUUUUAUAUUCUUAAUUGGUUUUGUUUACCGUUUUUGGCUUUUAUCUUCCAAGACUUUUAUGGGAUCAGACGGUUUGGGAACGACUUUAAUAACUCUAGUAGCUCGACUUUACUUUCUCCUUCCCAUAUUUUAUUUCUGCUGAAUUUGAGAAUUUUUGAUUUAGACAGUAUGUUAUGGAUUUACAGGUUUAUUACCUUUUUGUUUCGUUGUGAAUC